AUGGAUUGGGCGCAGCAGCAGAGCGUGAGCUUGCCGCUGCCGCGAUCCGGGUACCAACCACCUCGGAUGCAGUACCAGCAUGCCGGCAGCCGCAGCGGCAUGCCGCCGUUCGCACGCGGCGGCGGCGCCUACAACCGCGGACAGAAGCAGUUCUACCCGCCGCCGCCGCCUCCCCUCCCGGCGGCCGCGCUGCCUCUGCCGCCGCAGAACAAGUAUGAGGUGCUCAUGGAGGCCGGCCGCCUCGCUGCCGAGUACCUGGUGGCGAAGGGCGUGCUCCCACCGGGCUCCCUGCAGCAGCGCGGCGGCACAGUCGUCGCUGGAGGCUGGGGCCAGCUGCCGCCGCCGCCUCCACCUCCACCUCCACUGCCGCUUUCGGUGACACAGGAAGCCCCAGCAUACUAUGGCGGCAGGAAUGGCCGGCGGCAGGUCGAUGAUGAGCGUGGUAUUCAGAACGCCCGCUCAUGGCGGAACCAGCGUGGUGACUACAGUAGCAGCAACAGUAGUAACUAUAAUGGAAGGGGGAAAAGGACAUUUGGGGCUGACAAUAAGUAUUCAGAUUGGACAAAGGAUAGGGGGAGGAACAGGCGAUAUUCUGAUAUCCAGAGUUAUGAUGAUGAGGAUGAUGAUGGGGCUCCUGGGUUCAAAAGGGAGCGCCGAAGCGGUGGUGGGAUUGACGAGGUUGGUAGUAGCGUGUCAGGGGUGGCUGGGGAGGGGCCAUCAUUGAAGGUGGAGGCGAUGGGGGAGUCGGAGCUGGAGGAUACUGGGUCAAAGGCUAGUUCUAACAGCAAUGCCCAGCAGAAAGUUGAUGCUUCGCAAGAGGUGGAUGAUGAAAAUGAGGCAAACAAAAUGCAGGAGAAUAGUGUGGUGUCUAAUUCAGACGUAGUCGAGCAAGCGUUGAAUGGUGAGGAUAAUAGCAACAAUGAUUCUUCUGAUGGUGUUCAAGAGGUAGAGACAAAACAUUUGCCAGUGUCCUCAGGUGAAAAGGUCUCAGAUGGGAGGCCUGAAGAUAGUGGUGUUCUGAAUGACAAGGUUGAAGAUGGCAGUGCUUUGCAUGAGAAGGCUGAAGAUGACACAACGUCAGAAGAGGUCUCUGUUAUGGAGAACAAUUUGCCUAAUGACACUAGAAAUUUGCUAAACUAUUGUAGUUUUGGAACAGUUCCAACAAGACCACGAUCAGUGCUUGCAAACAGGAAUGUUGGACCAGCUCAAAGAGAAAUUGCUGUGUCUGAACAGGUCAAUCCAGUUACUGCUGAAGAAAUGUCCCAGAUGGCAAUGGAUGGAGAAGCUAACACCAAUUCCGUAACUAGCAUCGAGGAAGACAGUAAAGAUGAGCUGGUUGGCCAAGACCAAGAACAUGCUGAACAAAGCACUAUCUGCAAUCAAGUGGCAGAAUCAGUGACAUUCCAUGAAAAGGAAACACAAGGUGAAACUGAAGAAAUGGAAGAACAGAAGAACAUCCCUCGACAUUAUGAAGUUGAGGAUAAUAAGGAGACGAAUGAACUGUCUCCUACAUUUGCUUCUUGUCAGAAUAACUUAAAUUUGCAAGUUGAGAAAGGAAUACAAAUUUACAAUUUAGAUACACCACCACAAGAUGAAGUGUUGAUCGAUCCACCUGAUAAAGGGAAAACAGUUGAUUCGGAGUUAUUACCUAAUAUCAAAGCAGAAGAUGCUGUGACAAUGGAAGAGGAAAAGCUUGGCCAGUCUAGCUCAUUUAAAAUACGUGAUCUCAACCUGGUUGGUAGUCCAGAGGUUGCUGACAUGCGAGGUGACCCCCGUUUAGGCCAAAGCUCCACUGCUGGAUGUUCAGUGGACCUACAAAAUAAUCAACAAGUUGACUUUGGAACAGCUCUUGGUAACAAUCCAAGUAAUACUGACACAUGUGCCCCAUUUCUGCUGGGAAAUAAGGCAGUUCAAGUUAUUGAUAUCGAAGAUGACUCACCAAUUGAAGCUGGUGCUUGUGACACUUCAAAAUCAAAAGGUGAGAUGGUAUAUUCUAGCAUGGAGGGCAUGAUGAACCCUCCGGCGAACACCGAUGCUCUACAUGGUAUCCAAGAUGGUUAUAGUCUUGCAAUUUCAGAUUACCUCGGUGCUGAUAUGUCAUGCUACCAAUCAAUACAAACAGAACUUCAAGAUGGAAUGGGCCUAAAUAGUUCAGAGGGCAUAACUGUGAUGGAUGAUCCAAUAUACAGUUCUCUUGGUGACAUAGGUUUUAUGGAGGUUUGGGACCAGCAACCUCAAGACUAUGAAAAGUUCUUCUGA